AUGGCGAAUCUCAAGGGAUUGCUGGGCCUUUCCGCCCGUCUGCGGGCGCCUCUGGGAAUUCCACGUGCAGUCGCAGAAAAUGCGCCCCCUGCUAAGACGCGGCUAAUGAAGGGCCCCUGGACCACGGGCCACACGGUUAUCGCGGUCUGCUCUACACCUUUUGUGUAUUCAGCCCUCAAAUCAUUCUACAUGACGGCACGGAUGAGGCGGCUGAACACGGAAGAGAUUCUCUCUGACAGAUUCACUUGGCUUCACGAGCGCAUGCUGGAAGAUGAAGUAGACUCUGUUCUGAUCCAGCAAGUGGCCAACAGCAACGUCGAUCGCUCAAAGCCUUUGCUACGUCUGGGCCCUUCUUAUGUCAGGUCUACCUAA